AUGCACGACCGUGGUGAGGCGGGCACUAGCACGGAGAAACCAGGAAAUGAUUAUGAUUCCUAUUUCGACGCAGAGCAACAUUGUGGAGGAGAUCAUUUCAGUCAUGGAGCCCCGUGUGAUUGGAUGCCUGGUGGAGGCCGUGGGCGACGUCGGGCGAUGAUGAUGGCGAUGAUGUCGGAUCCGUCGGGUGUUUACGGGAUGGAUCACGGGCACGGCUUUGGCUUCGGAGGUAGAGGAGGCGGGCGUGGACGUCAUGGAGGUUGGUUUGGCUUCGGAGGUAGAGGACAACGACAUGGACAUGGUGGACGAGGCCGUGGUCGAAAUGGAAGGGGAUCUGGUAGAUUCUUUGUCGACGAUGAUGAUGAGUAUGUGACGUCAAUGGCGGAGCAAAUGAAUGAAUGUCAUCUGAAGGAAGGACGUAAACGAGAUGGUAGUGGAUCAGGUGAAUCAUCGUCGAGCAGCAGUAGUAGCGAGAGCGAUGACGAGCAGAACGCACCCGAUGUCGAUGUCCAAGGACGCCAGCCGCAUGAUGGCGAUGUUCAUGAGACGGAAGGGCAAGCCACUGACCAAGCUCAACAAGAAACCACGAAAUCUAACGCUACAGAGAUGCAGAAAGAGAAGGCAUCAUCCCAGCAUACAUGUAACCAUGGUAAACAUGGAUGCAGAAAUGGGCGUGGUUAUCAUAAGCAUCACCAUGGCAAGCACAAGCACCAUUGCCACACCGCUCCCCAUCAUUCUAUGAUACCUCCACAAAUGCCACCCCAUCUCCGUGGAUUCAACAGACCACCGUUUCCUCCCAUGCAUCACUCUCAUCACCGCUUCUCCGAUUGCCAUGGCAACCGUCACAUGGCCAAAAAGUUUUUCAAGAAGUCCAUGAAGCAGUGGGCCAAGGCACAGAAGAAAGCUUGGAAACAACAACAAGGGAGUCACUGCUGCCAUCAUCAUCGACGUCAGAGAUCAGAUGAAGACGAGCAAACGACGUCUGGAUGCGACAACGAUGACGACUUCGAGCUUCCUGAAGGCCAAUGUCAACUUCCCCCUCCAUGGCUCUUCUUUCAAUACGAUCACCAUGGGUGUGGUCAUGGACGACGUGGAUUCGGUCGUCACGAGAAGAAGGGAAAGAAACACGACAAACGCCUUCGAAAGUGCAACGGUGAACGACCACGGCCUGCAGAGGAUACCGCGGCUACCAAGACCCAGGUGGAUGAUGUCAACAAUGUUGAGAAGGUACACGAAGUCCAUGAUGAAUGCGAGGAUGAUCAGGCACCGAUGGAAGAGGCCGCUGAGUGA